AUGAAAUUUGAUCCAGUUUCUCUCUUCAAGAACUACCGCAUGGCAACUGGCGUUUACCUCUUCUCCAAGAAGGAAAGACUUGCUUGGGACUUAACAUUCUUGAUCCUUAUCUUCAUUUUCCUCAUUGGUCUUGUUCAGCUCACAAUUGGAACAUACCAUUCCUUCAUCCGUGUUUUCUUCGGAAACAUUAACUCCCAACCACAGGCUUCAAUUCAAAACUAA